UUUCUUUUAGUUUCACAAUAAUAAUUAUGAGCAAUUCCUGUGUUGAAACACCAGCUGCACCAGAGUGGUUAUCGAAAUUAGAGAGCCGUCGUGAGCAGCUAAAACGUUGUAAAUUAGGACAUGAAGCAGGCGCAGGGGCUGCUUGCAAUGAUUGCGGUGAUAAAUGUCCUGGAUUGGAUUUGCAUUUUUGGCGUAAAGUGUGCCGUAAUUGCAAAUGUCGUAAAGACCAGCACAUGUGCACCGACGACGAUUUAUCCGGAUGGGCUCAAUUUGAAAUUUUAGGUCAAAUACGUUCAAAACCAGCCUUUAUUCGCAUAAAAGCAUUGGCUAGUCAACCGGUUCAAUUGGAAUGGAUUCCUCCAAACGUAGCACCGGACGUAGCAGCCGAUUAUAUGGAAAAAUUGGGUACAGAAAAUGUCCCAGUUGCUGGUAGUGAGGCAGCUACAAAACGGAAGCAACAAUUAGAAUUUCAAGUGCCACCACAUGACUUGGAUGCCGCUUUGUGUGAUAAUCUUUCCGAAUCCGAAACAAAUCAAUUGCAACAAUAUGUACAAAAGAUACGCGACAGUUGUGUGGGUCAAGGCAAUGUUGUGCGUGUCGGCAAUUACGGCGGUAAUGCGCUGAUUGGCAACAUAAAGCAAGCAGCAGACGGCGAUCUGCUUCGUCAAGCUAAAUAUGAAGAAAUGCUGUCGGUUCUACAAGAAGUUCCUACUGUCAAAGACCUAAUCCUUAGUGACCUGCUAACGAAUGACAAAUUAGCCACGGCGCUCAAACAACAAGUUCCUUGCAGCUACCCAAAAAUUUUUGUCGCCUUUUCAGACCCGAUUGCUGAUGGAUCAUUGGGCUUAAAAUUAAAAUCCAAGUUGGCCCCAGCGACUCUUAAUGGUCUGAACGAGUCAGCCAUACAAAGUUUAGUAUCCAAUGGGCCAAUUUACGACAAAAUAUUUGCCAAAUUGAAGAAUAACAAUUUCGAUAUAUCGCGUGAUCCGCGCUUGGGUCCAUUAUAUGAUGUACGUCAAGAAUAUUUAACAAAUCCGUCCAUUAAAAUGGAGUUGGACAGUAUAUAUUCUGGAAACGCCUAUGCUUGUUCGACCCCGUACAGUUCCCCUCUGAAAACUCCGUCCAAGUUCUUGCAUGAUUUGUCUUUUAAUUCUCCAUUGCCCAUGAAAUGCCCUUUACAAACACGUUUCGGACGCGAUAUGAUGCAAGUGACUCCUAUGCGAAAAGUUCAAUUCGCUAAUACCGCAACGAUUGUACAUGAAUGCGGAUUACCUACGAACGUGGAUUAUGAACGUGAUCGUUUGUUUGCCAAAAUUUUAUAUUCCCAACCUUUAAAGCGAGCUUUAGAAUAUGCCAAACGGGAUAUAAAGGCAGAGCCUUUCUUGGUAGCUCUAUCGCAUGACAGCUCAGAAGAUUUAAAUAAUGCUAAUUUAAGUGAAUUAACGAAAAGUAAACUCGAUAAACUUGACAUUAAAUCGAAGGACAUGCUCCAGAGCGCUGUACUAAAUGCUCCAUUUUAUGAUCGCUUAUUCCAAGCUUUGAAAGACAAAAACAUUAAGUAUACGGAUUGCCCAGCGAACCUUUACAGCACCUUACAAAACCUAACGCAGGAGUUGCGUGCUGACAAGCCUUUCUACGAAGAGGUACGCGAAUUCGUUACCGCUUUGCCUAAUAGUUUGGAGGUCGCUUACGCACCGGUCAAUGUUAAUUUGCAAAAAGCUAUGACCACUUCAAGGAGUAGCGACUCUGGAUUUGAGUCGAAACCUUCCACUCCUCAACAUGGGAUAAAUAAUCUUCCUCCUGAUGAUCUUCAAGCAUUGGUUGGAAAAUUUUCUACUAUUCCUGGUAUAGAGGAUAUGAAUAUGUAUCCACAGGUGGAACCAUCACAAACUCAACCACCAUUCACCAGUAAAUUACAAAAUUUAUCUUUACAAGAUAAGCCAACAGUCAUGCAACAAGAAGGCGAGACGUUAAGACCGCUUCCUUUAAAUUGUAGUGAUUGCUCACAAAAAAUUAAUUUUGGAGAUGUUGCGGUUAAAGCUGCCCGCGCUGGAAAAGAAAUCGCCUGGCAUCCUGAGUGCUUUAAAUGUCACGCAUGCCGUGAACUUUUAGCUGAUCUCGUUUAUUUCUUUCACGGCGGUCAUGUGUACUGUGGACGAGAUUUGGCGGUAAAAUUAAAAAUACCUCGCUGUAAAGCUUGUGAUGAGUUGAUCUUUACUAAAGAAUAUACCGCAGCUGAAGGGGCAACAUUCCAUAUUAAACAUUUUUGUUGCUUUCAAUGCGAUCAUCCAUUGGCUGGGCAACAAUACGUUCCCGAUGAAAAGACCAAUAUGCCCCUAUGUCUAAAAUGUUAUGAUGAAUAUUACGCGGCUGCAUGUCAGCGUUGCAAACUGCCUAUAGGUCCAGGGGAUCAAGGUGUCGCCUGGGGUCAAGUUCACUGGCAUGAUUCAUGCUUUCUAUGUGCCGGUCAAAAUUGUGGCCGCUCGUUAAUUGGGGGUCGUUUUUGCGUUAAACAAAAUAUGCCGUUUUGUAGCCCCGUUUGUGUGCGUAGUAUUAUGCAAUAAGAAGCAGAAGAAAAUAAAUAUUGUCGUUUAAAUUCUUUGGACAUGCAAAACAUUGCAAUUGAAUAUCGCACUUUUAACGCACAGUUCUUGUAGGCUUUUCCGCAAAAAAGCAAAAAACUUAAUCUUCUAAACAAGAUUUUAAAGUUUUUUAACUUCUUUCCUUCUCUAUUAAGCCAAGUUAAGAUUUUUAUGGUUUCUAGCGUGUAAGAUACCCAAUAUGCCUUUUAUUUUUUUACCAAUAUUUACAAAUUUACGCAUUUAUAAACAAUUAUACAUUUUUAUAUAUAUGGUUAAUAUAUUUUGUGAGAAACAUCGAUAAAAUCACAUUUGUUUUUAUUGCAAA